UGUGCUGAGGAAGCGCCUGUGGUUAUUGGAUGUUUGAAGUGCUAAAAUGUUUUAUUUUGUGUUUACUUGAAUAUAAGCGUUUUUGUAAUAACAACCUUAUUAAAAGUGGAAAGUGAAAAUGACUGAAAUGCCCCCUUAUCUAGCAGCAAAUGAUGAGGAGAAGAGCAGUGAGCAAACCGAUAGUGAUUCUUCGGAUUACGAAGAUGAUUUACCCAUUACAUUUAAUCAACCUAGACACACAGAGCCUAUUAUAGGACCUGAACGAGAGGAACACACUUGGAGAGCAAAAGAAAAGUAUAAAACACAUUGUGUUGCAUUGGUCCUCUGUCUAAAUGUUGGAGUGGACCCGCCCGAUGUCAUCAAGACGCAGCCGUGCGCCAGGAUUGAAUGCUGGACAGAUCCAAACUCAUUAUCACAAACCAAGGCUUUGGAGACCAUUGGACAUGCAUUGCAAUCACAGUACGAGAGAUGGCAGCCCCGUGCUCGCUACAAACAGUCGCUGGACCCAACGACUGAUGAUAUCAAAAAGUUGUGCUGCUCCCUUCGUCGCAACGCGAAAGAGGAGCGAGUGCUGUUCCACUACAACGGACACGGAGUGCCCAAACCCACUGCUCAAGGAGAAAUAUGGGUUUUCAACCGAGCGUACACGCAGUACAUCCCGCUGUCCAUGUUCGACCUGCAGACCUGGAUGGGGGCGCCCUCGCUCUACGUGUACGACUGCUCCAACGCGGGCACCAUCAUCAACAUGUUCCACAUGUUCGCCAAGCAGCACUACAGGGAGUACGAGAAAGAUUUAAAAGCGAAAGGCAGAGACGCCGUGGGGCCCCCCGUCUCGUACAAGAACUGCAUCCAGCUGGGCGCGUGCGCGGCCGGCCAGAGCCUGCCCAUGUCGCCCGAGCUGCCCGCAGACCUGUUCACGGCCUGCCUCACCACGCCCGUCAAGAUGGCCAUGAAGUGGUUCGUGCUGCGGAGCAGGCCGCGCGCCACACGGGCCGACCUCAUUGACCUCAUUGAUAAAAUCCCCGGGCAGGUGACCGACCGCCGCACAAUGCUGGGUGAGCUCAACUGGAUCUUCACGGCGAUCACGGACACGAUCGCCUGGACCUCCCUGCCCUCGGAGACCUUCCAGCAGCUGUUCCGUGCGGACCUGCUCACGGCCAGCCUGAGCCGCAACUUCCUGCUGGCGGACCGCGUGAUGCGCUCGUACAACUGCACGCCCGUGUCGAGCCCGGCGCUGCCCUCGCUCGCCCGCCACCCGCUGUGGGCCGCGUGGGAGCACACUCUGGAGCUGUCGCUGGCGCAGCUGCCGUCGCUGGUGACGGAGCGGCCGCAGCCCUACGUGCCCUCCACGUUCUUCAGGGACCAGCUCACCGCCUUCCAGUUGUGGCUCGAGCUGGGCGAAUGGUCGGCGGCGCGCGGGUCCCCGGAGCAGCUGCCCAUGGUGCUGCAGGUGCUGCUCAGCACGCUCCACCGGCUGCGCGCGCUGCAGAUCCUGUGCCGGUUCCUGGCGCUGGGCCCGUGGGCCGUGCGCGCCGUGCUGGACGUGGGCAUCUUCCCCUACAUGCUCAAGCUGCUGCAGGCCUCCGCGCCCGACCUGCGCCCCGCCAUGCUCUACAUCUGGGCGCACAUCAUCGCCGAGGAUCCGAGUUGCCAAGUGGAGCUGGUGAACGCCAAGGAGCACAAAUACUUUCUCGCAAUUCUGCAGGACUCCACUGUUGACCGCGCGCACCGCACACUGGCUGCCUUCGUGUUGGCGGGCAUCGUGGACAACUACCCGCCGGGCCAGGAGGCCGCUCUGCAGUGCUCCAUGAUAUCGGCGUGCCUGGAGCAGGUGAGCGGCGAGGAGGCGGGCGCGGGCGCGGGGGACGCGCUGCAGCAGUGGGCGUGCAUCGCGCUGGGCCGCGGCUGGUGCGGCUGCGAGGCGGCGCGGGGCGCGGGCGCGCGCGACCUGGCGCACGAGAAGCUGGCCGCGCUGCUGGCAGCCGCCGCGCCGCCCGCGCGCGCCGCCGUGGCCUUCGCGCUGGGCUGCUUGCUGCGGGCCGCGCCCGCCGCGCGCUCCGACCACGCCAACGCGCUGGACCACCAGGUGGCCGUGCUGCUGGCGGCCCGCCUGGCGCGGGACGCCUCGCCGCUCGUGCGCGCCGAGAUCCUGGCCGCGUUGCAGUGGGUGGUGCUGACGUUUGAACAACACUUCAUUGCAGUGUACCUGCAGCAGAGGCUGAGGCGGAGCGACAGAGAGGGCCAGCGCGGCGGCGCCGGCGUGGACCCCGGCCAGGAGGCGCUGGUGGGCGUGCGCGGCGUGCGGACCUGGUCGCCGGCGCAGCACACGCUGUCGCUGCCCGCCAUCGGGUUCGGGUCGGUGUACAUGAAGCUGUGGAGCACGCUGAGCGCCAUGUGCCGCGAGCCGCACCCCACGCUCGCCCAGAUGGCCAACGACAUCUGCUCGUACAUCGCCAACCAGGUGGACAGCGUGGGCCGCGACCUGGAGCGCCACAGCAGCAGCGGCUCCAGCUCGCUGCCGCCGUCACCCAACACGCGCCCCGCGCCGCACACCAUGCCGCACCACGGUCAUCGGCGCGGCAAGUCCGGUCUGCCUCACACCAUCUCACAGGACUCUGUGCCAAUCAGGGACAGAGACUCCACUUCUUCCACCUCCAGUCAGAGUUCAAAGAAGCCGAUAGUGACGACGCAGUACGUGGAGUGGGCCGCUGCGCAGUUCACGCGCGGGGACUCGGACGCGAGCGUGGUGGCGGGGCUGGCGGGGGGGGGCGGGGCCGCCGUCGACUGCGAGAGCCGCGCGCACCACGAGCGGGUGUGGCGCCGCGCCAGGAACUCCAGUAUCAGGCGGGAAGCGCGAGCGCUCCGCACGAGCCGCGCGGCGCGUGUCGAGACGCAGGCCUUCCACUCGCGCUGCCCGCUGCCGCCCGCCGUGGUGCUGUUCCACCCCUACGAGCAGCACGCCGCCGUCGCCUCCAAGGACAACUUCGGUAUAUGGGACUGGGGCACCGCGGCCAAGCUGUGCGUGGGCACGUGGCGCCGCACGUGGGGUCGCAUCACCUCGCUGGCGUACCUCAACGCACACGAUCGGGCCCUGCUCGCCGUCGCCUCGCACCAGGGCAACCUGGCCGUCUACAGACCAAACGGCAGCAGCACUGAGCCGCAGCUGGUGUCCGCGUGGCGUGCGCUGGACGUGCGGCCCGCGCCCGAGUACCGGCCGCCCUCGGCGCAGCCGCUCUACAGUUUGGCGCAGCUGGUCUCGGAGCAGUUCAGCUCGGCAGAGGAGCGGCUGACGACCCGCAGCUCGCGACCAGACUUGAUCCCCGGCGCGGGCUGGUCGCCGCCGCCGCCCGGCACGCUGCUCCGCUGGUGCGCGCGCCGCGCCACGCUCACUCUGGCCGGCGCCGCCGCCGCGCUGCGCGUGUGGGACGCCACCACCGAGCUGCUGCGCGCCGACAUCCCCACCCAGUGCGAGGCGGCGGCCACGGCGCUGUGGCGCGGCGGUGACCGGCUGGCGGCCGGGUUCGCGGACGGCAGCGUGCGAGGCUGGGACGAGCGCGCGCCGCCCGCGCCCGCCUUCACGCUGCGCGACCACUCCGCGCCCGUGCUGUGCGCCGCGCGCCGCGACGACUUGCGCCUGCUGCUCACCGGCUGCACGGAGGGUGUGGUGCGCAUCUACGACACGCGCAAGAUGGCGGCCGUGGUGACGCUCCGUGCGCCGGGCCCGCUGGCCGCGCUCGACAUGCACCCGCGCGCGCACCUCGUGGCCUGCGGCUCGGUGAACCAGUGCAUCAGCAUCUACGACCUGAAGGGCUCGCACCUUAACACCAUCAAGUUCCACGAAGGCUUCAUGGGGUCGCGCAUCGGGCCCGUCUCCUGCCUCACAUUUCAUCCGCUCAGAUGCGCGCUCGGCGUGGGCUCCAAGGACUCGACCGUGUCGGUGUACGUGUCGGAGGCGCGCCGGUGACCCUCGCUGUACGCGCACCUCCCGUUCGCGUGCUGACUGGCCUCACACAACACACACAUAACACACACAACACACACAACACACGCGACACACCACAUCUAUUGCCGUUCUGAAUUGACUGACGCAGGCUUUUUACUGCCGCAACAGCACAUGUUAUGACACACUGUUGUGUGCUCUGAUGCGAAAUACACAAAUGAAUUCCAUUUUUAUGCUGCAGAAAAGGUUGGUUCGUGCAACAUUACAAAUAAAAUUAGUAAAUGUUAUGAAAAAAAUAUUGAAAAAAUAUUUGCAUUUACAUUUUUAUGAGUGACUGUACAUCCCUCGGUGACCUUAUCAGUCGUGUACUAUACAUUGUUAUAUGUAGAACAGAGGGGGGUGCGGAUGAUCGCACUGUAUAUAACUAAUAUUUCAUUCAAAAAUGUAUUCCUUUAUUUAUUUUUGUUGCAAAUCAUGAUACGUUGACUAUAAAAUUGUAUGUUACUAUAGUUUUAAAUUUAUAAGUAAGAAGUAUGUACAACAUCUACUUAAAAAGCUGUUAAAUGUAAUUUUAUAAUAGGAUAUAUUAUACGCAAAGUAAGUGCCAGUAGAAUCGGAACACAUUUGAAGCUGUGACUAUCGGAAAUACAAGUCUCCCCACCGAUCACAUUUUGUGCCAUUUAUUACUUUUUCCUAUUUGUGGUCACUUGAUAAACUGUUUGUUGCCGUAACAAUAAAUUUAAUACGAUCUAGAUAUGACCAAUAUUUGAAUUAUCAGUGACAUUUAAAUAAUUGCAAUAGUAAUACAUUUGUAGAUAUAAACGACAAAUAAUCUGAGACUGAUCUUGGGGUCUAGUGUUCAAUAAUGUACCUAAUGUUAUGUGUUAAUGUAAGUUAAAUAUUGAUAGCAUGGAUUGGCAUGAAGCGGCAAUCCGCACUGUAACAUACAUAUUUCCUACAAGCUAUUAAAUAAAAAUUGCAAUCGAUAUUGUAUAGAGUGGUACUUAAUGUAUGAUUUAAUAAGGCCCUAGACUUGAUAUAUGUCAGGCUGUACUAUUGUGUAACUGAGGCAAAACCCGCACCGAAAUAUUUUCUUAUGUAUACAUAAGUAUCUUGUAUUACACAAAUAAAAUUUAGAAAGCAAAAUUUUAUUUCAGGUCGUGGCUUCAUCUACUGAGAGUUGAACAAAUCAUACAAGAUUUUAUGACGAUACGUCACUCGAACGGUUAGCUCAGUUGGUUAGAGCACUGGCACGGAACGCCAGGGGUCGUGAGUUCGAGUCACGCAUAGUUCAAAAAAUUUUGUUUUUCAAAUUUUAUUUGUGUAUUAAUCCUAGAAGUGAGGGUUAUCACUUUAAAAACAACAAAAUGUUGUAAUAACCAAACGACAAUCCUGAUGGACUGUCUCAAUGUUUCAAAUGCUUCAAGCUUGCGCGAAGAACUCAUAUUGUAUACAAACAGUACAAUCACAAAACUUAGAAGACUACUAUAUAUAAUGCAACUCUUCUUUUUCUUAUGUAAUAAGAUUUUGUAAUUUUUCCACUUAAUUUUAGAUGAUGGAGUGUAGAUCCUCUCGGAAGGAGUGUUACCAUAAUUAUUUAAGCGUUUUGAGUAAAUAAAAGAGAGGGGCUAGUCUCACUCACCAAAGUGUUCAUUGGGUGCUACCGCCUAGGUUAACGUUAUUACUGUUAGCUGGAGCACUGUCACCAUGAAGUAGGAACACACCACAUACCGACAACUACCACUAUCUUAUAGUAAGAUAUUAUCUAUUAUAAUAUGUUAGACAUGCUGUUUUAUUGUAAAUUAAGGCUGGCUGCAUCAUAUUAGCUGUUAUAUUUAAGGUUAAAGUAACAUUUAACGCUGACUUUAACAUAGACUGCGGAAUGUGUUGCACCAUCGUUUUCCUUGGCAUGGUUAAAGUUAAAAAGUGAAAUAUCAAGUCUAUAGAAUAUUUAUUUAAAACUUUUGACAGGUCGCUAUUUAAUAUUAACAAUAGCUUUAACCGGCGAAGAUUGAAAGGUUACGGUGAUAACAGUUAAAGUUAUGACGUCAUCUAAAUAUUGUCAAAUGGUGCAACACAUUUUUGCUUAACCGGUACUAUAACAUGUUUUAAUUGGCUAAAGUUAGUUGAUGCAACCCACCAUAAGUGUAGAGCGAGUAUCUAUAUAUUUAGAUUCAGCAGCCCUUAGCGCACCGUGACAACGAAACAAACUAACUCGCGACCACACAACUAAAUACGUAAUAGGCCUCUCGUUCAUUAAUUAUUUGCAGGAAAUAUAUCCAUGAAAAUGGACAGACCAGGGGAGAUGGAAACUGAAGAUUAAUAAAAAGUGUUCUAAUCGAAGAUUUUUGUUUGUAAAUGAUCAAAUUUUUUAUUAUAAAUGUAAUUCUUCAUCGGAUUGAAUGGAAGUUGUCAAAUUUUAAAUUGAUCGCGUCAAAUUCAAGUUGACAUUUUGAUGCUCCGAGUUUAUUAAAAAGUUCCUACAAGUCAACCGAUUAGUUAUUAGAUAUGCCAUUAUUAUUGUGUUCCAGUUUGUUAGGUGUAUACUAACAACUUGACGACCUAAUAAUCUUAAUUUUACGUGCUGCUUUCAAAGUUUUAGUAAAUAUCGUACCUUUUAGGUAGGUGCGGGUAAUAAGGCUUAUCUAAGGGAGAUUUGAAAUAUAAUACAAACUAUUUAAGUACCUGAAUCAACAAAUUUUAAUGUAACAACUAUUAAAUAUAAAAAAUGGCAACUUCUGCCGGAUAAAAAAUAAAAUUUAACAUUUUUAAAACCUUGUCACUAGGCCUUAUUAAACUAUAGUAAGAUAAUUAGGCCUCAGACUUUAACGUCAUAAAUAAUCAAAAAAGGCUCUUUAAGUUUGGUAGUUGAGUUCAAUAAAUAUUAAUUUUUCAUUAAUUAUGGUAGUCUUAAAAAUAAUAACAGAUUCCUUAAUUUAACAGCCACAAUAAUUAUCUGUAUCAUCCGCUGACAAACAAACGCAUUCCUCGUGACCACAACCACUUGCCGCAUUUAAAGAUUGCCUCAUAUCGGCGGCAGCCAUCUUGUCCUCCUCACAACCAGUAUUACCAUGACAGUAUCACCUCGCCUGGUUUUCUUUAGAAUCUAUGCGGUUACCUUUGCAAAAACAUGAGUGUAUUAAGACCUACGGUUGAAUUUGGUAGGCUUUAAAAACCAUCGACAAAGUUUGUUAAAAUAAACUAAAAACAUUAUUAUUUAAUCCAUAAUACAAAUAAAACCGUUUAAACAUAAUUCAAACAUAAAAUAAUACAAAACUAAAGUGCAAAAUUAUGAAUAUAAGUGUAAUACUACAAAAAAUACUUGACUUAUUCGGACGAUUUUUUAUUAUUCGAGCUGUCAAACCGCACACACUCACAACGCAUGACGCCGCUCUGGUCACGCGACAGGCUUGAAGCGCCAUCUUUGAAUGUGAAUAUGCUACUUAUGAGUGCGACUACGAGCGGCUACGGUCAUUUUAAAUUGUAUUUUUGUUACUUAGGCCUUACUAGCCGCACCUACCAGAUUUUUGAGGUAGGAGACAAAUUAUUUGUUGAUUAUUGAAAAAAACUGAUGUAAGCAUAAUAUAAGGGCUACUAUAUCAUUUCUGUGAAGUCAUAGUAUAGUUAGCAUCUUGUAUACAGAACAAUGUUGAUUAGACAGGAUUGGCUCCUAGCUAGUGAACAAAGUUUGUGUAGGUGAGCGAUGACUCCUAUGUUAGGGUAACAUUGCUUGUACACAUAAACGAAAACAUUUUACAUAAUAAAGUUAUUGUUGUUUAAAUAAAACAAAGAA